CAGUCAACGAUUUGUCGUCUAUACUGGCCGAGCCUGGUCACACGGGAAGCCGUGCGAAAAUCGAGUAAUGUUCAGAGGCCAUGCCAUGAUAAUUAUAUUAUAAUCCUUCGGACGACAAUGCUGUUCUGCGGCUUGCAGCGUCGUUCGUAAUAAGCAGCUGCUAAGUUGCAGUUGCCAAUCGUGCAACAAAGUGCAAGCGCGCAACCCCGUUGCAGAAUCCAGAACCUGGAUAGCCACGAUGACACCCUUCGAUGACUUUAUCUAUCUGAUCAAUCAUGUGCUUUUGGGCGAAGAGCCGACAAUCGAAGACUUCAUAUUGCUGGUGGGCACCCUGGUGGCGUUUAUAGCCUUCAUCCUGUGGUGCUGCUUCCCCAUACAGCCAAAGCAGGAGCCUGGUCCCCAUCGCCAGUUUACGUGCAAGAUCAUACAGAAUCCCAUCAAGGCCUUCGACGCCGCCACCAGCACCGACGACGCACCUAAACCAGGAGGUGGGUCCGGAACUGGUAGCUCCACGUCCAACAUGCAGUACAAUAGCAGCAGUGGCAGCGGAAGCUACAGCAAGAACGGCACAGUGGCCAUGCACAAUUACUACGUUAAAAACGGACACCAUUGCUGCACCUAAUAAUUGGUUAUCCGCACUAGCGACACUGUCCAUGUCCAAAGUUGGACAGGAUGUUAUGUUGCACAAACGCCGCCCUUAGUAACCAUAUGCAGAGCACACCUAUCCGUAUGCGGAGGCAUAUAGAUUGAGAUUUGUGCCAAUUGGUUCGACAGGUUGUUAGGAGGCAGCUAAAAGCUGUCAGUUUGCAGUCACAGGCACAUUUGAAUUGUAAUUGAUCAGACUGAUUUGUUUAUGGAACAUGAGAAGAUUGAAGGUGGAACAGGUAGCAAGGUCAAGGCCGCACACUCAUUCGCAGCAGCCCCUGGCAAGUUUAUAAAACUUCCUUGAUAUCUAUUAUAUAUUGUGUGUGCAUUUGUUGGCAUACCACAUGUAGCAUGCGUAGUUGUGUAAACGAAAAAACCAUUUAAAAGCCAAGCGACUAAUUGUAAGUAUUUAUUUGUGUAAACGAUUCGCUUACCCCCUGAGGAACUCCAAGCACUUGCCAACACAUUGUGUGCAAACAAAAGACAAAAACCCUUGAAAUAACUAUUAAUUAUGUUCAAUCGGGUAAAGGAUUAAAGUCUCCGAUCAUAUUUACCUUUAUAAAUUUAUAAAUAUAUAUUUAAGGAACAUUAUUUAUAUACCGAGAUACAGACCAAUUAGUUAGCAUAGGUCUUUUCUGUAUUAUCGCUUUUGAUUUUAUUUAUUUGAUGUGUAUUAGUCUAUUUGAUCUCAUUUAAAGAUAUUAUUUGUGAUGUAACUUCAAGAUAAAUCCAAUAUUUCUCAAAUGCAAAUGAAACUACAUUUAAAGACAA